AUGGCCAGACAAGAAGGGCAGCUGCUGGUUAAUUUGAAAACGAACUAUCCCGAUGUGGUGGUAGAUAUUGAGAAAAUAGCUUUAGGAGAGAGAUCCAGAAAGAAGACCUCUUGCAAUCAGAAAAAGCAACGAAGGGAGCUUUCUAUAGCGGUGUGUGCGUUGCUGAAUUCAGGAGGAGGAGUAGUGAGGAUGGAGAGUGAAGACAAGAAUUACUGCUUUCAGGAGCACGGCAUUGGUCUGGACAUAGAGCAAAGUCUCAGGGAGUGCAUUGCCUGCACCGAGACCAGUGAAUACUUCACCUGGAUGCAGCAGCGGAGUCACUUGCUGCUUUUUGUUAAAACAUGGAGCUGUGGAGGUCCGAAGCAGAAAAAUGCAGCCACAAAACCGCGUAUCUGUAGCUUAAGCACUGGCUUGUCCCAUAGGUGUUUCACUUCAGUUCUCCCUAUGACUUCAAGCGGCGCUGCUGAAUUUCUGAGGAAGAAGGAAAGCUCUGCCAAGUGCCGUGAUGAGAACGGGCCAAGCGCUAAGAAAGCUCUGAUGAAUUUUGAUGGGGGACCGAAGGAGACCCCUGUGAACACUGAAGAGCACAACAUCCAAGAUGCUGCUGCCACGCUUUUAAAAAGAGACAAACUGAUGUUAGGGGAGCGUCUGGGUUUCGCAGAGACAACACAUAUUGAAUUUAAGAACUUCUCUACACAGAGUAUCUUGGAAUACAUUAGAAAAACCCUUCCCAAUUAUGCCUCUGCCUUUGCAAACACUCAGGGUGGUUAUUUGUUUUUUGGAGUGAAUGACAGCGGUGAAGUCGUUGGAAGCCAUAGUAAAGUGGAGAAAGAAGCUUUAGAAAAAACAGUAGCUGAUACCAUGGGCUCGCUGCCCGUCCAUCACUUCUGUGGCUCUCAGGCUGGCGUGCAGUUUAAGACUCACAUCCUGAGCGUUUAUGACAAAGCAGGCGGCUUGCAGGGCUACGUAUGCGCUGUGCGAGUUGAACCGUUUUGCUGCGCUGUUUUCCACAAUAACCCUGAAUCCUGGAUGGUGGUGGGUGACACGAUUGAAAGACUGAGUGUCAGGAAAUGGACGGAGCUCAUGACAGCUGCAGACCCAGAUCUUUCAAAGCUGGCUGAUAAAUUUGAGAAUGAGCUCAGUUUGUCAAAUAGUCCUCCUCUUGUCAAGCCAGUUUACUCAAAAGUGGGUCUCCAGUGUGUGUCUGAACUCCAAAAACGCCUCUACCCAGUGGGUUCUAAUGAAAUCAAAUGGAAACCAGAAACCAUCUGCACCGACCUGUUCUCAGAAUAUCCUGGAUUAGAGGAUUUAAUGAAAAAACAAAUCCAUCCACUUAACAAGGGGGUACUGAUAUUUUCAAGGAGUUGGGCUGUUGACAUCGGAUUGCCGAAAAAACAGGAUGUUGUGUGUGAUGCUCUCUUAGUAGCUGAAAAUGCAUAUCCAGUUUUGUAUACUGUAGUCAAGGCUGCCUCUUCUGCUGAGUCUGAAAACUCAAGAGAAACUGCUUAUGCAUUAAAGCAGAAACUAGUCAAUGAUGGGGGAUACGCUUCAAAAGUGUGUGUGAUUCCCCAAGUACUGCACCUGAAUGGCACAAAGAACCAGAUGGAAGUUGCAGAGGAUGAUGUUCCCCAGCAAGAAAACCUGUGCGAUUAUGCCAGCUUAUACCCAGAGAAUUACAUCCUCACCUCCAGUUUCCUGCGUGCACUUGUGAUUGUUGUGCUGCGCUUUAAGUCGUACUUAAGUGACCAUCUUGGCUGUGAGAUUUUCAACCUUCUCACUCUCAAACAGUAUAAGCUCCUCUCCAAGAACCUGCACAAAACCAAGGAGCAGUUUGUCCUUGGUCUUCCUGGAACAGGGAAAACAAUCGUGGCUUUGAAGAUCAUUGAGAGAAUAAGAAACAUUUUUCACUGUUCUGCAGAAGAGGUACUCUACAUUUGUGAAAAUCAACCCUUGAAGAAGUUUGUGGGAAAUGAGAUCUGCCGGUCUGUGACACGUGUUGCCUUCUUAAAUGGGAACUUCCCAGAAGUGAAACACAUUGUGGCUGAUGAAGCUCAGAAUUUUCGUCGUGAGGAAAACUGGCACCAAUGUGCCCGGGAGCUAGUCCAGAGAAAAAGUGGCGUUUUAUGGGUCUUCCUGGAUUUCUUCCAGUCCACUCACCCAUAUGGCUGUGGUCUUAAGUUUUCAGAACUAUAUCCUCAGGAACAGUUGACAAAAGUGGUCCGUAAUGCCAAGCAAAUAUACAAUGUCAUGUUUGAUGUAAUGGAGAAAAUCCUCCAAAAUCGUAACACAUAUAUGCCCUGUGAGAUGCUGGCAAAGUUGUUCAGACAGGCUAAAUGUGCCCAUUCUUUGCCAGGCGACUACAUAAAGAAAAAAAAUAUGGGAACACUUGAAAUGGUAGAGUAUGUGACCAGGGAGUGCAACAGCUAUAUCCAGCAAGGCUAUCCUGUCAAAGAUAUUGCAAUCCUGUGCAGUACACAGCAUGCAGCCCAGGAGUUCGGUCAGAUAUUGGAACCUGAGCUAAAAAAACGAGUCAGGAAAUUCAGGGUAAGGUUGGUCUUGGGGUCAGCGGAGAAUGUUUUAGAAAAUGUCAUUGUUCUUGACAGCAUCCGACGUUUCUCAGGCCUAGAAAGGAGGAUUGUGUUUGGCAUCCACCCUGUCCCUGCACAAGAGGAGGUAAAACUCAAUCUUUUGCUCUGUGUGGCAUCCAGAGCCAACACCAAACUCCAUUUGCUGUAUCACAAAGAAGAUACGUUCUUAAGAGACUCACCUUUAGACGACAGCUAG